AUGAAAGUUACGAUGCAAAAGAUAAGAUUAGAUGGUCUUAAUAUUAUGCUCCUUCUACUAACCCUAGUGCAUGCAAGCCAAAUAGAACAACAAACACAAGAAACCAGACAUAUAUAUAAUCCCAGCCAAAGUGCCAUAGAUUAUAUUGAGAUGCAUAAUUUCCAUAGAAAUUCAAUGAACUACGGGAAUAAUCCAGAAGAAUCCCCAUGGAAAAAUCCUGGGACACUCACACCCCCAAAUCCAUCCAAAACAAUAACAACGUACGAUCCAUCCAGCAACCCCAUUUCAAUAGAAUAUGAGUCCCCAGAAGACCCAAGCGUAGUUCAUACAAUUUGGAUAUUUUUUUCAGAUGAAAGCAUACUAGACUCCAUGACAAUUAAUUCCAGCAGAAAGACACCUGAUUUAGUUGAACAUAUUAAUAUUAAAACACGUGAUAAUUUCCUUAAUAUGAAUAUCAAUGGAAACCAGGCGGCUACAAGGAUUUAUCUUCCAAAAUAUUCUUAUAUGAAGUCUCAUAAAGAAUCCUCUAAGCCCACAUACACAUGGGAACGGAAUGAAAAUAAUUCAAUGCACACUAGUAUUACAAAUAAUUCGGAAAAGACAGUCCCUGAGAAUAGUUCAAAUAAAAAUGCACAGGAUAGAAAUGAUUCCGGAAUACACGACUGGAAUACUCUGAAAAAGUACGAAUUAUCUUGUGAUAGUGAAAGUCCCAGGGAACCACCUGAGAAUGAUUAUAUACCAGGGACAUCGUGGUAUGGCCACCCUAACCCACCUACAAAUUUUUAUUGCAGUGAUCCAUAUUGCUACUACUUAAAGGAAAAUAUGUCUAGGUCUUCACCAGAUAAAAAUUUACCUGAAAAUAACGAGAGUUUAGCUCACGGGUGUGCGCCAUCAAAUAAUUCAGAUUCCAGUAAUGCGCAAUGCAUGAAAUCGUAUAUGCGCAAUAAUCCACCCCCUGGUCUUGCAGGUUCUCCUGUUAUCCGAAACCAAGCGUACAACCCUUCUACGCCUCCCUUGCAAAAUUCACAGAAACAAACGCGAGCAUCUUCUAUGCCACCAUUGCCUUCAUCGCAAAACCAAGCAAGUGGUCCACCUAUGCCACCAUUGCCUUCUACACAAAACCAAGCAAGUGUUUUUUCUAUUUCUCAUACGCAAAAACAACCAAGUGGCCCUCCUAUGCCGCCAUUGCCGUCAUCACAAAGACAGACGCAUGAUCCAAAUUGGUCUUUUGUGCCUUCUGCUAAAAAACAAACAAAUAACUAUUCUAAUCCUUCCGUUAUAACUGCGCAAAAUCAAGCGUACUACUCAAAUUGGUCUUUUCCUCAAACACCUUCCAAUCAGAUGUAUGGUCCGCCUGUCUUUAUAUUUCCAGGUUUUACAGCUGCCCCGUAUGCUUUAAAUGCCCCGCACCCAGGAAUGCGUUAUUAUAGGCCAUUUCCCCCUAGGAGAAAUAUUCCAGAACAGAAGAAAAAGGUCUCACCUUUAAGAGCAGACGCAGAACCCUUCCAGGCUUCAGCCAUAAACACAAGAGUCUCCAAAAGUGAAGAUAAUAAUAUAGAUCCUAUUAGGGUAUCUUUGUACUCAGGUGAGCCUAAACCAAGAAAAUAA